AUGCAAUCUGAGAUUGAUUCAUUACGACAACGAAUUUCUGAGCUUGAAGCUGAAAAGAUCAAGCUUGAGGCAAAGAAUGCCGAGCAUUUAAAACAGGUUGUGGAAGAGAACACCAAAUGCGAAGUUGAGAAUGUUGGGCUCAAGGCUAGAAUCGAGGAGCUAGAGAAAAAUAAAAUGAAUAAUAUUAAUCUCAAGGCUGAAAAUUAUGAGCUUAAGACCAGAGUUACAAAAUUGGAACGAAAACAGAUCCAGGUUAUUACUAAUGAACAAGAAGCAUCUACAAAAGAUAUUUCGCUACUUAUUGAAAGCCAACUCGAAGGAGAAGAAGCUAUUACUUCCGAUCCUAUACCCGAAAUGGAACAUAGCUCAACCCAAUCCGAAUCUUUAGCAAAGCCUAAAACGUCUGCAACCUCUCCGCCACAAGACAUUAUCGAUGAAGAUUCAGCCGAGACCCUAGAUUUUGUAAAAACGGUAUAUAAUGAAACUGUAAGUAAAGAGUAG